AUUCAACCUCUUAAUCCGGUAGGGCUGAAACACAUACACAGGCACACAUGACGACGUUGAUUGUACCGAAUUAAACUUUCGAAACGAUGACGCGUAUGAUGCGACAACUAGCAUUGCUAUCAUCAAAACAUGUGAUGGAAGCUACCGGUGAGGGCACGGUAAUGGCAGUGGAUGGUAGCGGCCCGCAGACCCCCCACUGUGAUACAAGAUGGUCACGGCAACUGUCAGGCCUUCCUCGCAAGCUCCUGCAGCGCUUGAUGUCUUUCCAAAGGGAGGGCGUGGAUUUUGCCUUAUCCAAGAACGGACGAUGUAUGAUUGCUGAUGAGAUGGGUCUUGGCAAGACGGUGCAAGCCAUCGCGGUGGCAUAUGCUUUCAGGAAAGAGUGGCCCCUCCUGGUAGUGGUGCCCUCGUCCCUAAAAUACCCCUGGAUUGAGGAGCUGGAGCGCUGGAUUCCCGAGCUGCAGCCCGGAGACAUCAACCUGGUGGAGAACAAGAGCCACACCAUGGGUAUCAGCAGCAGUAAGGUGACGGUGCUCGGCUACGGCCUCCUCACAACGGAUGCACGCCUCUUGGUGGAGACUCUGAGCAGGCAGCGCUUUGCAGUGGUUGUGGUGGAUGAGUCGCACUACCUCAAAUCCCGGAACGCGGCGCGGACCAAGCUUCUGGUGCCUCUCAUUCAGAGUGCCAAGCGUGCCAUCCUGCUCACCGGUACACCUGCCCUGGGUCGCCCUGAAGAGCUUUUUAUGCAGAUUGAUGCACUUUACCCCAAAAUGUUUGGAACCUGGACGGACUACGCCAAGAAAUACUGCAAUGCCCAUUACAGGUACUUUGGGACGCGCAGGCAAUGGGACAGUCGUGGGGCGUCCAACCUGGAGGAGCUGCACCAGCGACUUAGCCAGAUCAUGAUCCGUCGCCUUAAGGCUGAGGUGCUAAGUCAGCUUCCCCCCAAAAUCCGCCAGCGCAUCCCCUUCGACCUUCCAAAAGAGGCUGCAAAGGAGGCCGUGGCCAGCUUCGCCGAGUGGGAGAGGCUAAUGAAGGGAGGCGGGUCUGAGGUCGGCACCAUUGACAACCCCUUCGCUGAGGUCAUGAGCCUGAUCACACAGAUGUACAAGCAAACAGCAAUUGCCAAGGCUGGAGCAGUGAAGGACUAUAUCAAAAUGAUGCUCGAGGCAGAGCACCUCAAGUUCCUGGUGUUCGCCCACCACCUCACCAUGCUGCAGGCCUGCACUGAGGCCGCCAUCGAGGCUAAGGCUGGUUAUAUUCGUAUUGAUGGAAGCGUUCCGUCUGCUGAAAGAAUCCAUUUAGUCCAUAAGUUCCAGAAUGACCCAGACACAAGAGUGGCCAUCUUAAGCAUCCAAGCAGCUGGACAGGGCUUGACCUUUACCGCCGCCAGCCAUGUGGUGUUUGCAGAGCUCUACUGGAACCCCGGGCAAAUCAAGCAGGCUGAGGAUCGCGCCCACCGCAUCGGGCAGACGUCGUCUGUCAACGUGCACUACCUGAUCGCCAAGGGUACCUUCGACAGCGUCAUGUGGUCCAUGCUCAACAGGAAGGAAACAGUGACGGGCAGCACUCUGAAUGGAAGGAAGGAGUACCUGAAGGCGGAGGAAGGUGACAAGGACAGGUGGGACUUCCUUAACUUUGCCAGCGCAUGGACGCCGAGCGAGAUGCUGCUUCCCUUGGAGGGAACCACUGGGCUGAAGGCAGAGGACCAGGUCUACUUCACUCAUUUUGAAAAGGAGAAACAGCAUGACAUUCGGGACUUCUUCUCCCCGGGUGCCGGCAAGGAGAAGAAGAGGAAGCGACUCCAAGAUAACGAGUCUCCUUCCAUUUCCUCCGAAAAUCCUGCAACUUGCAGUGGAAGGAACUCUGAGAGAAAGACGGAGGAGGAGGAAACGUCGGCCACCGACGACAACAACUUCUCUCCACAGUUGAAGAGGAACCGGGGCUUGCGGACCAGCCCCAGCCUGAGGUCUGCAUCCAGGGGCAAGAAACGGUUGACGCAGGUCUUGGACCAUCAGGAGGCGUCGGAGUCGGGCGCUUCCACCCGGACGUGGGCCUGCGGGGCAUGUACGUACUCCAACAGCCCCCUGCUGCCUUACUGCGAGAUGUGCAACGGGCCACGCUCUUCAUCAGAGCCAGCCGGGCCUCCGCCGCCACUUUCAGCCGAGGAGGAGCAGGCUUGCGACGUCCUGUCCAAAUCCGACAGAGAACCGCCACCGCUCAGCCCGCCGAAAUCCGCCGCUUCCGAAUGGUGCAAAGGCAAACAGAGCGAGGAGGAGGCGGAUGAGCCUCCAGAAGACAAACAGAGAGCGGGAGACGCAGAGGGGGGGCACAAGCGGCGGCUCGAAGGCAAACAAUCAGUGAGCGAGCAAGGUGGCAGCGGCGGUGGCAGCUGCGUCCUCUCUGACCACACUCACGGCCUCUUAGCUGAGCACAGACCAGGAUUCCUCUUCGUGCAGCUUUUCCUGAGACCCCUGCCUUCUCAGGUGCGGGCUGCUUUAGCCAACACCGCCAUUUUGGACUGCCGCGAACCAGCUGCUGAAGCUGAUAAGUUCUUUUUGGCCUCCCAACUGACCUAUGUGGCUGCUUUCCUUCCGGCUGAGAGAGAAAGACCCAUGGCAGACUCUUCCACUCUCGCUGCUGCUGCCGGAUUCUGGACUAUGUUUUUUCCACGCAAAGUUCGGGACCAAAGCCAGGCGGUGCCGUCCCCCGUGCAGUUUUAG